ACGAGCAAGACGUCGGCGACGCGCAGUGUGAAGAAAUGUUACGUGGAGUCGAUGAUUGAUAUUCGUAAUCCUGAGUUACUAAAUUAAGUGCAGUGCAUAAAAUGAUGACAGACAAGCCGUCUAAUAAUUUAUUGUAGAAUAUAGUUUAUAUUUGGGUGUUCAAAGCAUCAAACGCCGUCAUGGGCUCAACAGCAGCUAUAAGCAUCUUCGCAGCAUUUUCGAAUAUAAUUGCAGGAAUGUUCACUACGCCAACAGUAUAUACCACGAGUGUCAUGCCUGAAGAUACAAUCGUCGACUUCAUCGUAGUGGGCUCAGGCUCGGCGGGCAGUGUGGUGGCGGGUCGACUGUCCGAGGUGCCGGACUGGGAGGUGCUGGUGCUGGAGGCUGGCGGACAGCCUCCUGCCUUCACGAAAAUUCCAAUCCUACAAAUGGCCUCCGCGAAUCCAAAUGCUAAUUUCAUCAAUUUUUACAAGACUCCUCCUCAAAAAAACUAUAACCAGUUUUUGGCAAGCAAUGAACUGACAUAUCCAAGAGGCAGGAUGAUCGGCGGGACGGGCGCCAUUAACCUGAUGGUGUACAGCCGCGGCAACCCACAAGAUUAUGACAAUUGGGCCCAGUCAGGAAACCCAGGCUGGGACUGGGAAACAGUAUUGAAAUAUUUCAAGAAAUCUGAAGACUACCGGAGUCCUCUGAAGCCAAAAGAUGCCCCGUUCCAUGGGAUUGGAGGACCUCUCAGCGUGCAGAAAGUUGGCUGGAUGCCGCCAGUUGGUAAACUUGCCAUCGAGGCCGGCAAGGAACUCGGACUUGAAGAAAUUGACUACAACACAGACACAAAAAUUGCUACCACUUCGUGAUGGGCAACGAGUUACAUCAGCAGACGCCUAUUUGAUGCCGAACUUGCAGCGCCAAAACCUGAA